AUGCGUCAUCGAGCCGUAGCUUGGCUGACCGGAGCCACGAUGCUGGUGCUGGCAUCAGCAGCCGACUCGACACCGUAUACCCCCAAGCAUGAGCCCGGUCGCUGCGCCUUCCGAGGCCAAUGUGGAAAGGCCAGUCUUUUUGGCAAAGAACUGCCUUGUGUCGACAAUGACCUCGCCGAGGAUCCCGAAGAGGAGCUCCGAAAAGAGCUUGUUGACCUCUGUGGCAGCAAGUGGGAGACUGGCCCUGUAUGCUGCACUCUAGACCAGGUGAAAGCACUCAAGUCCGAACUCGGAACCCCCAACACCCUUAUCGGAUCGUGUCCAGCCUGCAAGGACAACUUUUUCAACACAUUCUGCACGUUUACCUGCUCGCCCGACCAAUCUACCUUCAUCAAUGUCACCGACUCGACAGAAAAGAGCGGCAAGCAACUCGUCGCGGAGGUUGAUCAGCUUAUUUCCGAAAAAUAUGGGUCGGGAUUCUACAACAGUUGCAAGGAAGUCAAGUUUGGAGGAGCCAACAGCAAGGCCAUGGACCUUAUCGGUGGCGGUGCCACCAACUAUCAUGAGCUCCUGAAAUUCCUGGGCGACAAGAAGCCGCUUGUCGGGUCGCCCUUCCAGAUCAACUUCCCGGCCAACUAUUCGGACGAGAACAUGCACCCGGUAGACAUGACGCCUAAGAAGUGCAACGAUGAGGACCCUGACUAUCGUUGCGUUUGCGUCGAUUGUCCCGAUGUGUGUCCCGAGCUUCCUGUCGUCAAAGAUGCGAGCUCGUGCCAUGUCGGCGCUCUCCCCUGUCUCUCAUUCGCCUCCAUCUUCACCUACUCAGUUCUCUUAUUCUCAUUCAUCUCUCUUGCCUUCGGCCGCAGCGCAUGGAAGCGCUACGCACGCGACCGGGUGGAGCGGACCAGGCUUCUUCAUGAGUCCUCGCACAGUGACGACGAGGACGAGGGUGGUCCGGUGCAGACUGAGGCUAUGCGUGAUCGUCCCACGAAGCGCUAUAGCCUCAAUGACCAGUGCGACAAAGCUUUCGGUAAACUUGGUCAUACGGCUGCCCGCUUUCCAGCAAUUACUAUAAGCGUCUCCCUAGUUUUGGUCGCUAUCCUCAGUGCCGGCUGGAUCAGAUUCGACCUGGAACAGGAUCCUGCUCGUCUCUGGGUCAGCCCGACCUCUGAGGCAGCCAAGGAGAAGGCCUACUUUGAUUCCAACUUCGGCCCCUUUUACCGUGCCGAGAAAAUCUUCCUCGUCAACGACACACAGCCUUCUGGACCCGGACCAGUUCUCAGCUACGAGACCUUGAAGUGGUGGAUGGACGUUGAGAAAAGUAUCGAGCGGCUGGAAAGCCCUGUUUUUGGCGAGCAGCUGCAGGAUGUCUGCUUCAAGCCAGUGGACAAUGCUUGCGUCGUUCAGUCUGCAACAGCCUACUGGUACGCGAAGGGUGGUCUAGACCCCAACUACUGGAAGGAAGACCUCCGGGACUGCGCAAAGACCCCCGUCGACUGCCGGCCUGCCUUUGGCCAACCGAUUGACCCCGCCAUGGUCCUCGGAGGCUACGGUGACGAUGUUACUGACGCGAAAGCUCUCACUGUCACCUGGGUUGUGAAGAACGCAAAGGAGGGUACCAGUGCCCUGGCUCGUGCGGUCGAUUGGGAGAAUGCUCUCCGUGACCGGCUUCUGGAAGUCCAGCAGGAGGCUACAGAGCGUGGUCUGCGCCUUUCUUUCAACACUGAGAUCAGCCUGGAGCAGGAACUCAACAAGUCGACAAACACGGAUGCCAAGAUUAUCGUCAUCAGCUACAUCGUCAUGUUUGUCUACGCCUGCAUGGCAUUGGGAACCCCUCUCAAGCACGUAUUCAGGAACCCGGCUGUACUCCUUGUCGAGUCUAAGGUCACACUGGGUCUAGUCGGUAUACUCAUCGUCCUCAUGUCGAUCGCUGCGUCGAUCGGAUUUUUCUCGUGGGUCGGUCUAAAGGCAACGCUCAUCAUUGUGGAGGUGAUUCCCUUCAUCGUUCUCGCUGUCGGUGUCGACAACAUCUUCCUCAUUGUCCACGAGCUCGACAGAGUCAAUGCCAGCUGCCCUGACCAGAUGGUUGAGGAGCGUGUCUCCAAGGCUUUGGGUCGGAUGGGACCGUCCAUCCUGUUUUCUGCCUUGACCGAGACCGUGGCCUUUUCCGUCGGCGCCGCUGUCGGAAUGCCUGCCGUCAGGAACUUUGCCGCCUAUGCUGCCGGAGCUGUGUUUGUCAAUGCCAUCCUCCAGAUGACCAUGUUCAUUUCCUUCCUGUCUCUGAACCAGAUGCGAGUUGAAGACCACCGAUGCGAGCUUUGGCCGUGGUGGCAGAUUAAGAAAGCGCGCAUCCAUCUCGACGAUGCCAACGGGUACGUUGGUGGAAGGGUCGAUGUCCAGGAGGAGAGCUACCUCCAAAUUUUCAUCAAGAAUACGUACGCACCGGCGCUUUUGACGAAGAAGGUCAAGACGGCUGUCUUUGCUGUCUUCCUAGGCCUCUUUGCCGCCGCCAUCGCACUCCUUCCCGGUAUUGAGCUGGGCCUUGACCAGCGUGUUGCCAUUCCCGAUGGCUCCUACCUGAUCCCCUACUUCAACGACCUCUACGACUACCUCGAGAUUGGCCCUCCCGUCUAUUUUGUGACGAGAGGAGUGGAUGCGUCAAAGCGGGAGGCGCAACAGGAACUCUGCUCCAGGUUCACAUCGUGCGACUCUUUCUCCCUUACAAAUACGCUCGAGCUCGAGAGGCAGCGCCCGGAUGUCUCGUUCAUCGCAUCUCCGACUGCUAGCUGGAUCGACGACUUCUUCAUGUGGCUGAACCCGAUUUACGACCAGUGCUGCACGGAGGAGGGAGCUACUUGUUUCGCUGGCCGGAACCCCCCCUGGAACACUACUCUCUACGGAAUGCCCGAGGAUGAGGAGUUCAUCCACUACCUUCAACUGUUCCUCACGGCGGCGACGGAUGAUGUGUGCCCGCUCGGUGGACAAGCUCCGUACGGAGAUGCCGUGGUGCUCUCCGAAGACUACCAAAAGGUGAAGGCGACCAAUUUCCGGACGGCUCAUACGCCGCUGAGGAGUCAGAAGGACUUUAUCGACGCUUACUCCACCGCGCGUCGUAUCGCAUCAGAGAUCAGCGACAGCACUGGUGCCGACGUCUUCCCGUACAGCAUCUUCUACAUCUUUUUCGACCAGUAUCUGGACAUUGUUGGCCUCACGGCCGGACUGCUGUGCGGAGUGGUCGGCAUCAUCUUCGUGGUGGCGUCGGUCCUCCUCGGAUCCGUCAUGACCUCAGCCGUGGUGACGGUGACGGUCAUCAUGAGUGUCGUGGAUAUCAUGGGCGCCAUGUCGGUGUUUGGGGUGUCGCUCAAUGCCGUAUCCCUGGUCAACCUCAUCAUCUGCGUGGGCAUCUCGGUCGAGUUCUGCGCCCACAUCGCUCGCGCGUACAUGUUCCCUUCGCGGACGGUGAUGCAGAGCAACAACAAUGGAUUCCGUGGCCGCGACGCCCGGGCCUGGACUGCCCUGGUCAACGUCGGAGGGUCCGUAUUCUCGGGCAUCACGGUGACCAAACUCCUCGGCGUUUGUGUACUGGCCUUCACGCGGUCCAAGAUCUUUGAGAUCUACUACUUCCGCGUGUGGCUGGCGCUAGUCAUCUUUGCUGCCAUCCACGCUCUCAUCUUCCUUCCUGUGGCGCUGAGCGUUGCCGGAGGCCAGGGAUACAUCGACCCUGAGAGCGAGGGCACGGCGGCGCAAGACCUGACGGACCGGAGGUGGCGUGCGCUCAGGAUGAAUGAUCAUGACGACUCGGACUAUGAAGAUUAA